UUAUUUUUCACUAUUUAUCUCUUUAACUUGCAUGCUACUUGAGAUUUCUGUUUUAUUCAUUCUUCUGUUAUCUUGAAAUAAUGAAAAUUUCCAACCAGUGGACUAGUCUUACUGCCCUACAGCAAUUUUUCUAGUAAAGUCCACAACAGAUCUACAUGUUGAAGUUUUCCAUCCAGAAGACUGAUGUUAUCUUCCAAAGUGAGUGGCAUAUGGAUUCCCUGGAAGUAGCAUCAAUUCAUAGUUCACUGUCUGUCACUAACAUAAGCAGUACUGUCCAUUUCCAGGAUUUCCAGGACUUAAAACCUUUAAGUUUCACUUGUUGAAAUCUCAAAUCUACAUCUUCAAGAGUACUUAAUUUUCUUUGCUUGGUAAUCUGAUUUUACUCUGUUUUUACCACUUCAGAUAAUUCUUAAUAGUGCACUGAAUACCUAUUCUUGUAAAAUGUAUGAGGUUACUUAAGUAUCUAAAUGAUCUAAAUUGGGGUUGAUCAUAAGCUAGAACACUGAGGAUAUAGAUGUUUGGGCAUUGUCUUGAAGGCACAAGCUUCUUGAAUUGUCAUAUGCCUAACAGCUGCUUUUGAGUGGGAAAACUCAAGGAGAAAAACACUUGAAAAGUGAUAGUCCAGUGCUUAAGGCAUUUAUCUGCAGUGUAUGUUUAAUUGGCUUUUUGAUUUGAAUUUGAGCCUGUUUUUUGCCUAUGAACAUCCUUCUACUAGGUGUUUACAAGAUCUCUCUCGGCUGGGUUCUCUUUCUCCUUCCUUCUCCACACCCCAUCUUACUUUCCGAAGACUUUGUCACAUGAUGUACAAUCUUGCUUGUGGAAGGAUCAAAAAAAUUGCAAAGGAAAAUUCCAUUUGAAUUUAGUUUUGGAGGAGGUGAGAUCCUAAAGUGAUCUUUAGAUUGCAGUGACAUUGGUGGGCAGGCAGCCCUGUGCGAAUGGUAACUUGCAGGAAGUUAGUGAACUCAUACGUCUAGUAGCGGUAGACCAGAAGAUUUAAUUGUGCCCAAAAAUUAGACAAAUGUCUGACUGAGUACCUGUGAAAAUGUGGGUUUGAGAUCUAUUUCUCUUGUUCUUUCAGAACCUUAAAUUUUAUGACUAAAUUUUUCUCUUUCAAAACCACAUUUUUAUAUUGCAAGCAGUUGUGCUUCCAGGUGGAUUUGAAGGGCUGGAUUAAUAGAAUGGGAAAGAAGUUAAAGCGCAUCAUUUUUAACACGUUUUGUCUUUACUGUAGUGAAAACUAGGUUUUCAUAUGCCUUCCCGAAGGAGUUUCCUUAUAGGAUGAACCAUAUACUAGAAUGUGAAUUCUAUCUCUUAGAAUUAAUGGACUGCUGUUUGAUAGUGUAUCAUCCUUAUAGACCUUUGCUCCAAUAUGUGCAAGAUAUGGGCCAAGAAGACAUGCUGCUACCUCUUGCUUGGAGGAUAGUGAAUGACACAUAUAGAACUGAUCUUUGUCUGCUGUACCCUCCUUUCAUGAUAGCUCUAGCUUGCCUACACGUGGCCUGCGUUGUCCAGCAGAAGGAUGCAAGGCAAUGGUUUGCUGAGCUAUCUGUUGAUAUGGAAAAGAUUUUAGAAAUAAUCAGGGUUAUUCUGAAGCUGUACGAGCAGUGGAAGAACUUUGAUGAGAGGAAGGAGAUGGCUACUAUUCUUAGCAAAAUGCCUAAACCAAAACCACCUCCAAACAGUGAAGGAGAACAGGGUCCAAAUGGUAGCCAGAACUCUAGUUAUAGCCAAUCUUAAGACAUUCCAAAGAAUUUCUUUACGGACCACUUUGACUCGAGACAUCCUGGGAUCUUUCCUGUGUUCAUGAAAUGGACAGAAUUUUUUAAUAACAUCUUUGACAAAGAACUUGAAGAGUAAAUAGCUUGUUUGUGUCAAGCAUUUUGGAAGUUUUUUCUUUAAAACUGCAUCAUUUUCUCUGACGCUGGAGCAAAUGUACUAAGAUUUCUCAGUGUAAGGAAUCAAACGUUAAACCAAGCUGCAAAAGGGUAACACUAUCCACUCAAAACAAAUAGUUCAUUACUGGUUUGGUUUGCUUUGAGAAAAUUGUGGCUUGCCAUUAAAAGUGACUUUUUUUUUUUUUUAAAGAGUGUUCUUGAAGCCUAAGUGUAACUAUAUUAAUGACCUGUGUUGUCUUCAUUUUGUUUGUGACUGAAGGAGGAUAGUGCACUGUAUGUUAAACCUAUUAAUUACCUAGGGUUUUGGUGAUUUUUUUUUUGUUCCUAACAUCUGGAUUUUCUAACAAGUGAAAUGGUCCUUCAGGAGCAAAGCACAGAAGAAUCUGCAAAGAAUGGUGGUAGAGUUUUAAUGAAAACUGCAGGGAAGAAAUUCAGUUCAUUUUUGGGGGUUAGAAAAAUGCUUGUUUUACUCAGUAGAUGUACUUGGAUGUUUUUGCCUUGAAGUCUAGAAGCCCAACUUACCAGAAAAGUGCAAUAUGUAUAGUGAUUCUGCAGUUUUCCUAAGCAUUUCAAGCAUUUGGAAUUCAAAAAACAAAACACCAACAAUUAUUUUUUUUGCAUGUACUGUGUAGUACAAUUGGAGUAUUUCACAAACAAAUACAAAUCUGGCUAUGAUUGGUAUUUUUUUUGAUUUUUUUCUUUUGUAUAAAAGAUAUACACUGUUAGUCUGCCUUCACUGUUAGCGUGAAUUUGUGUGGCUCGUUAAAGAGGUUAUUUAAGAGGAUCAAGCUUUUGGUGAGCUGGCUAAUUUUAAUUGUGAUCUUAGGAGCAACUCUUUAGAAUAACUGAAAUGGGAUUCCUUGGUUGACUGUGUGCUGGAGAAAAUGAGAUUCCUUCAAAUAGAAGGCCAUAUCCUGUGUUCCUUACUCAGGCAGAUAUCCCACUGAAGUCAGGAAUUGGCCUAAAUUAAAUGUUAUGAUUUUUAGAUAACUUCAUUUCUAAAUAAUUUCUGUACAACUUCAUUUUCAAUAAGAAUGCUGAUUUGCCCAAGUAUAAAAAUUGAACAAUAAAAUAAAGUGAAGUAC